AUGUUAGCCUACGGCAUCGCUGCAGACGCCAUGGAUGAAUACGUUCGAAUCAGUCAGUCAACCGCUCGAGUUUCCCUUCAACGUUUUUGUGCCGGGGUCAUUGAUCAGUUUGGAACCGAGUACCUGCGAAACCCUACAACUGAUGAAUUGGCCCGGAUACUGCAUCAAAAUGAACUGCGUGGUUUUCCAGGCAUGAUAGGCAGCAUUGAUUGCAUGCAUUGGGAAUGGAAGAACUUUCCAACGGCUUGGAAAGCGCAGUACGCCGGUAGGAAUAAGAAAGCAACGCUAAUACUGGAAGUCGUUGCGGAUCAGGAUUUAUGGAUAUGGCAUUCCUUCUUUGGUAUUCCCGGAUCUUGUAAUGAUCUUAAUAUGUUGUACCGUUCACCAGUGUUUGAUGAGGUUCUGCAUGGUCGAGCUCCUCCGGUAAAUUUUACAGUUAACGGCGAUGAAUACAACAUGGCUUAUUACUUAGCCGACGGCAUUUAUCCGAAGUGGGCAACUUUUGUUCAUGGUAUCACAUUCCCUCAACUGGCAAAAGAUAAAAUGUUCGCUGACCACCAGGCUGCUGCUCGAAAGGACGUUGAAAGAGCUUUCGGUGUUUUGCAAGCUCGAUUUGCAAUAAUACGAAAAAGGCGUACGAUGAGGACAUAUUGCGGGACAUAA